UUUAUUUUCUGCAGAGCUCUAAAAGUUCUCAAGAGCCUGUGUCUGUGUGAUUUGCCCAUAAUUUUUUUGUCUGAGCAAGCGAAAGCCAAAACAAAGGCAAGGGAGAGGAUAGAAAUGGACUAGCUUCUCCUGGAAACUAAAAGUGCGUAAGCCCUGGAUUUAUUCGAAGACCUAGGGGGUUCUUCAUCUCAAUUUGUUGUUGCGCUAUGGCAUCGGUGAAAUUUAAUCGGGGCAAGGAGGAAUUGGUGGAAAGAGCUAUGUACAGAGAGCGAGCACCUGUUGGGUCCAAAUCGGAGGUGAGUUCCGUGGAUCGAAAGCGAAUCAACGCCGUUCUCGACAAGCAGCUUGAGCGAUCCUCGCCGUCCACUUCUAGGGCAAUCAACGGCAAGGAUAGGUCGGUGCAAUCUGUAUUGACGGGCAAGCCACCGGCUGAUCACAAGGAUUCUCGCUCUGCCUCCAUAUCUAAGAACUCUAACGUUUCAGAUGUUGCAGAGGAAUCGGAAACAGACAGUGAGGAGUCAGAUGUUAGUGGUUCUGAUGGAGAUGACACAUCUUGGAUUUCAUGGUUCUGCAAUCUAAGAGGAAAUGAAUUCUUUUGCGAAGUUGAUGAUGACUACAUCCAAGACGAUUUCAACCUCUGUGGAUUAAGUAGUCAAGUUCCUUACUAUGAUUAUGCUCUAGAUUUAAUUUUGGAUGUUGAAUCCUCCCAUGAUUACAUGUUCUCAGAGGAACAAAAUGAGUUAAUUGAAUCAGCAGCAGAAAUGCUUUAUGGUCUUAUUCAUGCCCGGUAUAUAUUGACUGGCAGAGGAAUGGCUGCUAUGCUGGACAAGUACAAAAACUAUGAUUUUGGGAGGUGCCCGAGAGUUUACUGCUCUGGACAACCCUGUCUUCCAGUUGGUCAGUCGGACAUUCCUAGAUCAAGUACUGUGAAAAUAUACUGCCCUAGAUGUGAAGAUGUUUACUAUCCGCGGUCCAAGUAUCAAGGCAACAUUGAUGGAGCUUAUUUUGGAACUACAUUUCCGCAUGUCUUUCUUAUGACUUACGGACAGCUGAAGCCUCAAAAGCCCUUGCAGAGCUAUGUACCUAGAGUUUUCGGCUUCAAAAUUCAUAAGCCAUGAAGCUGGAAUUGCAAGCUUUUCAUGAAAGUGAAAGUAUGUCCAUGUUUUAACUAUGUCGUAUAGUGGUUUCACAGGGGGUGGGGAAGCUAUGUAUUGUAGAAUUUCUUGCAACGUUCAGCAGAUCAUAAGGCCUUUGAAUGAUUACAAUCUGGAUCUCUGUUUUAUUUAUCUUAGGCCUGUGUUGUAUAGAAAUAUGCAGACACAUUGCAUGAGUGCGUGAUUUCAAUUUCAUCUUUAUAUUUUAUGAGCUCCGUUGGUUUGUUUCUAAUUAAUUUUAUACAAAUUGUUGCACUUUAUGCUGAUAUUGAUUGUUCAUCAAGUAACUGAUCCCCUUGCAUAUA